AUAAUGUUGCAACGUAGUGUGAACUGACACGGAGGAAAAAAAAUCAAUAAUAGUAAUAAGUUCUGCACAACAUUUUGGAGGAUGUGAGAGAAGAAACGAAAAGAGCAGGAAAACCAGCUCAGGUCGCCAUCCAUCAAGAUAAACUUACCAACAAACCAGAUACAGAAUGGAGCACUCAUCUAUCACACCACUUUCCUCACCAGCAGAAAUCACCCAUGCUUGGCUUGAGCAGGUGCUCAGGCACAAGCUGGGUCCCCCCCUCAAGCUCAUCUCCUGGUCUAUGAAAUUACCAGAGACCAGGAGUGGAUACAUGAGUGAAGUGUGCUUUAUACAGAUCUGCUUCUCUACCAGAGAGGGAACACCAGAGGACAAGAGGUCCCUGUUUGCAAAAUUCAUGCCAUGUUAUGAGAAGACACUUCUAGAUAUCAUGAAGAAUUGCCAUUUGGCAGAGAGGGAGGUUGAGUUUUACAAACAUGCCUUCUCGAGGGAGUUCAGGGAGUUUUGUGAUGCCAGUGGACUGCAUCACCCAGUUCCUGAGGUGUACUGGGCUGGACUUGAGGACAGCAAGAUAACAAUAAUUCUUCAAGAUCUGUGUAGUGAUGGCUUUAGGCUCAUAGCACCUGCAGAGGGAAACUCCCUCAAACAGAUCAAGUGUGUCUUGGCCACAGUUGCAGUCAUCCAUGGCUCAGGCAUUGCAACUAUACAGAAGCAAGGAAAACGUGCUUGGGAUAUUUCUCUUGAUAUUUCUUACUUUAAAAAUUAUGUUGUUGAUGGUAUUAAUAAACAAAUAAAGAUAUUUGAAGGAACACCCACUGUAAACACACUGAAGGCUCUCCUGCCUCUAACAAGUCACCUUUUCUCAGUGGAGGAGAAGCACCCCUUCUUGAAGUCAAUUAUCCAUGGAGAUCUUUGGACUGCUAAUGUGAUGUUCUCACAAAAUGACCAAGAUGCUUGUAUCUUUGAUUGGCAAUUUUGUCGAGUUGGAAACAUUGUCUGUGAUAUACUAACUUUGCUUUUGAUGAGUGCUGAGGUAUCUUGCUACACAGAACACCUGACUGAAAUUCUUGAGUGUUACUGGAGGAGUUUUGAGCAGUCGCUUCAGAAUAAUGGAGUUACAGUUGACGUGUCAUUCCAAGAUUUUGUUUGUAACGUUGAGUCCAUGUGGAUGUAUGGCUAUGCUUUCUUUUGUGCCUCUCUUCCUGACUUACUGAAGAGCCAUAUCACUGAAGAACGUGUUAGAGGUGCUGUCUGCUUCCUGGAGGAGAAGAGUGUUUUCAGAAAUUUUCUUUCUCACAUAUUUACAAACAAGGAAUAAAUCAAUUAGGGAAUGUGUGAAGUGAAGAGCAAUACAGUCCUCUCCUUUGCAUCACCACCACUCAUGUGUAAUUUGUACUGAGGAUGUAUAAACAUGUUUGUACUGUGGAUGAAUGGACAUGUUUUUACUGGGGAUGUAUAGAGAAGUUUGUACUGGGGAUGAAUGGGCAAGUUUGUAUUGAGGAUGAAUGACAAGUUUGUACUGGGGAUGUACACAUAAAUACUGGAAAUCAAUGAACAAGUUUGUAAUGU